CUUACGGUUUGGAGGUAAAUUUUAUUGGGUUUGAAAAUUUUAGUAGGAGGAGCACCAUGCCAAAAGCAAAAAAGGCAAAGAAGAAUGUUCCAGAGGUGGCAGAAGUGCCUGCUGGCAAUGCCUGCAUGGUUGAUGAGCGCAUGGAGAGUGUCAUCGGGAAGCUGUUUGUUUCCUCCUUCACACGGCUUCAUCAGAUCAUCCAGAAGGAAGUGGUGGAGAUGUGUGAGGAGGAGUACCGCUGGGCCGAAGAACUACUGGAAGAAGUCCGGCGUGAAUUUGCUAGUCCUGUCAGCAAGAUCAACUUAUUGCCAAAGACACCUUCAGCAAAGCGCAAGAGAAAGAGAAUUCAGAAGGAACCUGUCAUUGAAGAAAACGAAGAAAGUGAAUCUGUUAACAGUAUCCCGAGUACUAAUGUGACUGAUGCAAACAUCUUGGCAUAUGAAACACCUCCACAGCGUACCUAUCGCACCAGGGCCGCCUCUAGGACCGCCCAAACCAAGAGAACCACGCGUAACCAAACAAAACAGACCAAAUUCUCAGGUAGUGAGGACCCUGCCAUUGAAAAGGAACCAACCACCGAGGACAAAAGAACACCGGUCCUCAACUUCAACCGCAGCAAAGAAGUUUCUAUGAAAUGUGAUAACUUGACUCCUAGUGUGGGAGUUUCAAAAGGACAGACCUCCGAGUCCCAUGUCUUCAGUCCUCCGGUAGGAAAACCAGGCAAAGGUCACGUCAGGAACAAAGUUCACGCGUAUGAAGACUACAUCGAACAUAAGAGUCCGUCAUCGAAACAGAGUGCAACACAGAGUCCUGUCCCGGAAACACCGGAACAGAAGGAAGGAAAAACAAAUUCGGAGGAGAGUUGUAGGGAAACUCCGGAGUCAGUGUCACGAGGGAAAAGGUCAAGUGUCCGUAAAUCACUCAAAUCAGCUAAUGCCAGCAGGAAAAGUUUAUUGAAGAGUAGCAAAAUCCACUUGAAUCCCAGUCAUCUCCACCCAUCAGAAAUCUCUGAGACACCAGAAAAGAAGAAUAAAUUAAAAUUGAAAAAGAAGGCAGCAAAGGUUCAGGAAGAUGAGGAGGUUGAGAACACAACAAGUCGUCUAAGUGGCACCGAUAGCACAGAGCCUUGUGUGAAGGAAAAAUCAGAUUCAGACAAUGAAAAAGCAGUUGUGAAUUUCACAGAGGCCAUACCAGUUACACACAAUAAUCUUGAAACAGAACCAGAAGCGUCAAGUGAACAUGAACAGGAAAUGAGUGACAUUCAGCCUGAACAGGUUCAAGCAGCAGAAUCCAUGGAAACAGAGGUUGAACCCCAAAAAGUGGAAGUGGAACACUCAACAGACGAUCAACAAGAUGUCUCCAUGCACAGUGCAGAAGAACCAAUGUCCAGCUCUCACCAUGACCCUGAAGAAGAAGAAGAAGAAGAAGAGGAGGCCAAAGAAGAUGGUGGUCAGAAGAAUGAAGAAAGUCAAGUUGUGGAGUCUGUCGAAAAAGAGAGCGAAAAAAUGGAUGGGGACGAACAAGUUGUGGAAAAAGAGGAUAGACAGUUAGAAAAAGAAGAGAAAGAGUUAUCCUCGGAUGAAAAAGAAGCAGACUCUGAUGAAGAGGUGAUGCUGAUAUCGGACAAUGAUGAACCCCAGACAUCCUCGGCCACCAAACAGAAGUCAGACUCUGUGACACAGGCAGAUGACGAAAGCGAGGAAGAGAAACAGCCACCUCGAACCAGCAAGCGCACAAAGCAGAGAAACCCUCCCAAACCUCCUGUCAAGUCAGAAUCAGAGAGCGAUGAAGCGGAAGUGGUGCCCCCUAAAAGAACAAGGACAAAAACCAGGAAAGUUUUGGAGAACGAGAGCAUGGAGCAGACCAAGCCUGUCAGACAGAGCACCCGGACCAAACAGAGGAAGCAAGAAGGGACCUCAGUGUCCUCAGCCCAAGGGUCAGAGGACACCAACAGCGAGGUAGACUCGGGGCACGGGACCAGUGGCACCACCAGAACCACCCGCUCAAAGAUGAGAAAGCCCAAAAAUAGCUCUGUUGCUUCAGAGGGAGAAAGUAACUUUGCUGUGCCAGAAAACCCUGCUCCCAGGGCAAGGACUACCUCCAGAAAGAGAACACUAGACACGGAGGGUGAAGAGGAACUCAACACAUCCCUGUCCAAGAAGACCAAGAGAGAAAGCGACACAACCUCAGAAGAAAUGUCUGGUAACUCUACAGAGAGGAAAGAUAAUGGAACAGAUGAUGAAAGGAGCAGUCAGAGUGAGGAUGAUACUCCAGACACAGCCAGACAACAGGCCAAGAUCGUGAAACCAGUGUCUUUCCUCAACAAUCUUAGUAGCAAAAUUGUGCGCCCGGCCAACCUGAACUUCAGUGGAAUCAAGUCAUUCCUGCAUCAGAAUACUCCACCCUCCAAACUCUCUGUCAAAGAACAGCAGGAGCAGAGAAAGCGAGAACUAGAGGAGAAGAAAAAGAAAGAGGCUGAGAGGUUACAAAAGAGGGAAAUGGAGAAGAAGAAAAAGAUAGAGGAGCUCCGAAAGAAACGUGAAGAGAGAAUGCGGCGAGUGAAUGAGAGGCGAGAGCAAGCCAACCGCGAGGACAUGGAGUCUAAGAGCCGCAUGAUGAGGACCAUGGAGGAGAAGAGUAAGCAGGCAGAUGACCUUAAGGAGGAGAAGAUGAAAGAGGAGCAGGAGAAACAGAGGCUCAGGUUUAAAAAGCUGGAGGAAGCCGAGGAGAGACGUAGACAGGAGGAGGAGGAGAGAGCCCGUAAAAUGAAGGAACAGGAAGAGAUGGAACAGAGGAACAAUGAGUUCCUACAGAGGAAGAAGGAAUACGAGGAGCAGGAGAGGUUGAGGAGGAAGGCUGAGGAGAGGAGGAAGUUUGAGGAGCGAAUGGCUGAGUUUGAGCGGGAGAGGGCUGCUGAGCACGAGAGACUGAAGAAGAUCGAGGAGGAGAAGAUCCGGGAGAGGCAGAAACUCCGGGAGGAGAGGGAGAGGCAGCUAGCCAAGGAGAGAGCGGAGCGGGAACGCCAGGACAUGGAGAAACGGAAACAGAAGGACCUGGAGCUGAAGCAGAAAAUGGAGAAGAUCAAGGAGCUGGAAAAGAAACGACUUAUAGAAGAAGAGAAACGUAAGCUAGAGUUGAAGGAGAGGGAGCGAGCCAUCCAUGCCAUUGUCAACAAACACAACAUGUCCACCCAGGGGUACACGGCCACCAGUGCUGUCUCCAGCUUACCCAAGCCAAACCUCAACUCUACGCAACCAGUGGAGCAGCCAGUCAACAGUCAGGAAAAGAUGCCAAACCCAGACUCUUACGAAAUGACUCCAGCAAAGAAAUACUUCCCCAAUAAGAUUUCUCUAGAGAGUUACGACAUAUCAGAUCUUCGAUCAGAUGAUUCAACUGAUGAAGAUGACGCACCUAAAAAGAAAGUCCCCACAUGGGCUUUAGGUGCGUCUUUGAAGGCUGCGUUGAUUCAACAACACUAUCAUCCCCCGGACCUGAACCUGCUGUUCACAGAAAUUGUGCCGCCAGAUCUCAAUGAAUUAUUCAUCAAGAAGAAAGCUCGCUUCAACAAGAGGACCAGCUCGGCCAUCUGGACGUCUCCCAUCCUCAAACCCGGCAUGAACUUCUAAAAGUGAACAGGAUGAACAUUUUAACAGAAUGAUUGUGUUUGUGUGAGAGUAUGUAUUGUACGGUUAUAUAUGUAAUUUCUUUUUAUAUGAAUGUUUCGGUUUGCAUGGACAAAGUGUGCCAAUAUGUGACAGGUAAUACAGUUUUAUUUAUGGGUAAGUUUUAAGUUGGUUGUUCCUUAUUUCAAGCUUUGUUUGAUGCAUAUAUAUACAUGUGCUGUACUAGAAAAGUAAAAUGUUUGGCUUAGAUGAUCUUGUAUGCAUUAGAAGUGCAUGUAGAGUUGAAAACUGUAAAGAUGGAGAAAAUCAUUUUUUAAGGAUCUAGAAACAUAAAUACUAGUAUUAAAAAAAUCAAAUGGUGCAUCCUACUUAGUUUCAUCUUGUCUUUUAUUUCAUUCAUAUACUUUGCAGGGUGUUUUUGGAGAUAUUGAUAAACUUGCAUGUUUAUAUUCUCUCUCUCUCUCUCUCUCUCUCUCUCUCUCUCUCUCUCUCUCUCUCUCUC